AUGAAUCCCCAAUGUCGUAUCCCAAUCGACAUCCUCUUCUUAAUAGCAAACAUCCUCCCCCUCGAAGACCUCGUCCACCUCCUCCAAGCAAUCCCCAAUCUAAGCUUGAACCUCCCAACAAAACUCCUCAAAACGCAAGAUAGUAACGGCAACACUCUCCUCCAUCACCUAGCCUCAUCAAACCUCUACAUCCUAGCAACCCUUCUACCAAAACAGCACCCCCAAAUCCUAAACACACCAAACUACGACGGCCAAACCGCCCUCCACAAAGCAGUCACAACCCCAAACCAAAGCCUCAAUAUAACAUCCUAUCUCCUCGACAACGGCGCAGAUAUCCAACCCAGAGAUAACAGAGACGAAACACCCCUCCACCUAACGUGCCGCACACCAUCCCCCAUCUCAUCCCAAAUCCUCAAAAUCUUUCUAAAAGCCAGCGCAGAUCCCUCGCCCAGAAGUAUCAUUGGCUUCACACCCCUCCACGAAGCAAUCCUCGCCCACCAACCCCCAGAUACAAUCAGGACCCUCAUCAACGCAGGCGCAGACGUCAACGCAACAGCCGGUCGGAAAAGAUGGACACCGCUCUUUUACGCUGUCCGCUUUAGCAUUGAAUCCCCAUCAGAGGUUUUGAUCAGCGCAGGCGCAGAUCCAAUGCCCGUCCUCGAUGGAAAUGAAAACGAAAACUACCAAGUCGAGGACAGGGACAACGUACGGAAAUUCACAUCCGCGGCAAGAGGGAGAGGAAUCGAAAUCUUAAAAACACUCCUGCAAGCCACUCCCAAUCUCCAACAACGCGAUAUAGACGGCCGAACGGUUUUUUUAGAAACAGCCCGAGUAGGCGCGGACAAAGCUCUAGUCCUGCUGCUCAAUGCUGGCGCAUGCAUACAUGCUUGUGAUAUUAAUAGACGUGAUGCGCUAUGUCUGGCUGCUAGUAUGGGUCACUGGUCUACAGCGAAGAAGCUUGUUGAGGCCGGAGUGUCAGUUCUGCAUCGAGAUUCACAGGGACGGGAUGCUGUGGACCUAGCGAAGUGGUUUGGGUUUGAGGAUUUGGCGAGGAUGUUGCGCUACGAAAAGAGGAAGAGAAGGCCUUUAAGGUGGGUUUUUGGGGUGGUUGGUUGGAGAGGGCAGAAGUGA